AUGGCAGAUAAUGUGCACAGAAAAUCGCACAAGCUGUCCGACGGUAGUAGAAAGAUAUCGAACCCAGUGCACCGUACCACCACCGAGACGAUCCGGCUGGGCGAACCGGAGAGACUGUACCAGCCGGUUAGUCUGAUCAGCCCGGGCAACGUGGUGACCGCAGCCAGUGGCAACCAGUGCCGGAAGAAGACGUCCUCCUUCCAGAUAACCAGCGUCACCGUUGGCUCCCGCAUGAGCAAUGACGCCGGCGAGGACUCGAACGACGACCUCGACGAGUCGCACACGGAGGACAACUCGGUGGAGCACUCACGCAUCACCGACAUCGAGACGCCUAGCUACUCGGAAGACACGUUCUCCAAGGAGGACGUGUUCUUCAACGCGGGCAACGCCGCGCUCAGCACCGCCCCGGUGAUCCCGACCAGCUCCCAGUACGGCCUGGCGAUCGUCCCCUCCGAGGGGAACAACGUCAGCAACUCGGUAAACGACAGCAAUAUCAACACACUGGACAUCACGUCCGUCACUGACAACAACAUCAUCAACCUGCUCUCGAGCAAUGCCAAGCAGGACGCGGACCUGCGCGAGGUACACUCGCACGGCAGGAACGAGAGGUUCAAGGUGGUGAAGAUCGAGAGCACCGAGCCGUUCAAGAGGGGCAGGUGGACUUGCAUGGACUAUCUGGACCACACGUCAGUGAACCAACCGACGGCGAUCAGCACACCGAAGGUGUCCGAUCCGAAUGAGGUAUGCAUAUCAUACGGGGUGACGGACAGCGGGAUCGUCGUGCCAGACGCACCCAAGCAGCAGCAGCAGCCUACGGUAGUCGUGCCCGAGGAGAAAGGCAUGGGGAUCGACGCGAACGGACAGGCACAAACUGUGCACGCAGACGUGCAUACGUCGAUCCAAGGUGUGCCAAGCAAUCCAACACCAGUCUCGAGUGCUAGUUACGCGGUGAGCAACUCGAUCGGCCCCAAUGCGCAGCAUAAUCCAACGCAGGUUCAAACGCAGGCCAAAGUUCAACCGCCCUCGCAGAUACCCCAGUACUUUCAGUCGUCGGCUCAGCAACUGGCUUCUCAGCAACAGCAACAGACUGGCCAGGGUUCCACGUUGCCCUCCAGCCUGCAGCCGACCCAUCCCAGUAACUUGACUCAACCUCAGAGUAUGCCCCAAGGUUCUAUCCCUAUAAUAACACAGACUGGUAGUAGCAAUGUGACGCCCCAACAAAGUAUACCUCAUUCGAAAGAAGAUACCUAUGUGACAGUGAACACAGCGCAAAGUCAGUCAUUGCCGGUUCAGAAUGUUUGCCAGCCUUCUGUUCAACAGACACCGGUGCCAACGUCACAGGCACCUAACAUUCUUGUCACGCAGCAACAGCAGCAACAUGCCCCUCAACAACAACAACAACAGCAGCAACAUCCACCGGCUCAGCAGCAGCAGCAGCCACAGCCACAGCCUCAACAACAACAGCCUCAACCGCAGCAGCAGCAACAGCAGCAGCAGCAGCCUCAAGCUCAGCCUCAACCGCAAAGUCAGCCACAGCCUCAGCCCCAACAAGCAACAUUACAGACACAGAAAUCAAUGGCUCAAAUGUCCGAGCCAUUGACUACCAUACAAGGAAUACAGGGCAUCCAAAAUAUUCAUAAAGUUCCUCAGACAGGCGCUCAGCAAACUUCGUCGACCAUUCACGCUCCUGGAGCACCGGUGCAAUCUCAAGUGAUACCACAACCUUCUCAAAUGCAGCCUCCAACAACCGGUAGCAGUGCUCAAGUACAAAUGGCACAGGUAUCCGCUAGUUGUCAGAACGUCGUUGGAGGUAUGCAACAGGGGAAUAUGGCGUUUCAUCAGCCAGAUCCAGAUCAGGACUCUAUUUCAGGCAUCGUAGCUGGAUCCGCUCAGUCGGCUGACACGACCCUUUUAGAGUCGUUGACCGAAGUCACUCAAGGCAGCGAUGAGCACCAUACCCUCGAAGACAAUGAAAGGAUCUUGUUAAGAGUCACUUGAUGUUUGCUGUACGGGAAGAAGUCGAAGUACUCAAGGAAAAAAUAGCCGAGCUUAUGGAUCGUAUAAAUCAAUUGGAAGCUGAAAAUUCAAUCCUGAAAGCACACGCGACACCAGAAACGUUGGCUCAAUUGAGUCAAUCAACAACAAAAUUACCCCAAAACAAUUCAGGAAGUGGUCAAUAGGUAAUCAUUGUACAUAAGUUUCUAUUAAUACUUUGUCAAGUACAUAACGGAUAAUAUAAUUAUUGUAUAUAACUUUACGAUUUUUAGAAAUUUAUAAACAAUGAGAUUUAUUAUAUUAUACAUAUUAACAUUAGUAAUCUUUUUUUUAAGUAAAUUAA